AUGGUGGUCCUUUCCUUUCUUGAAAAGGUGCGUGAUAAAGCCUCACGCCUGUUACCAAGUGAUUAUAUGGAUGUAGUAGAAGAUGCCACAAUGCCGCAUUUAAUGGAACCCCGACAUGAGUCCGUUAUGUUUCUCUGCGAUCGUGUUAACAAUGGAAUCGAUACAGUAGUGGAUGUUGUCCGGGCUAUUCGCCGCCGUAUUGCGGAUAAUGAUGUGAAGAUCCAAUACCUCACCGUUUUACUUCUCAAUACUCUUAUUCGUCAAUGUGUGAUUGCCUUUCAUAUUGAAUUAGCCUCUCAAAAGGGAUUAUUACGGGAUUUACAAAAUAUUGCCGUUCGUUAUCCAUGUGUAACGGAAAGAGAACAAUUGGCAAAAGAUGCGGCAUUGGAAUUGAUAUUAAAUUUAUCUAUUUGGUUUACAGGAUAUCCAGAUGAACGAUUGUAUAUUCUCUCAUGUCUUUCAGAUGAUGUGCGGGAAGAGGCGGGGGCAAAUGCCUUUGAAAACAUUCAACCCGAUACAAGUACACAGAUAGAAGCAUUGAAGAUAAGAAGACAACCAUCACAACGUACAGGUGCACAAACUCAACAACAAAGAUCUCAACAACAACAAAGAAGACGACAACAACAACAACAACAACCAACAGCUCCUAUUGUGGAUGCGAUUGGUGUGAAUUUCCCUACAGAUGAAAAUCUUGCCACUAUGGUGGAAUGCUGUACUACCUUUGCAGAGUAUCUUAACAAUGCUAACGUCAAGGAGGAUGGAUCUAUUGAAGUAGAUGAUAUUAUUCGUGAAUUCCGUAAAAAGAUAUCCUCCGAUCAUGCAGAAUUGGCAUUACUACUUGGAUCAGAUCUUAAACUACCAAACCGUGAUGUGCUAAAUGAUAUUUAUAAUAGUCAAACUGCGAUCUUUCAACGUUUGGAGAAUUCAGCAAAAUCAGAUUCUCCUCAAACAGUUCCCCAACAACAAUCUCAACAACAAAAACGAGAAGAACAAUUGACGGGUGUUGUGCCAAUGGAAAGUCAACCACAACAUCCACCAGUUGUCAUUCCCACACCACCACAAACAGAAACAGCCGCUGUUAUUAUGCCGCCAGUCUCAAAGGUGGAAACUGCAGCAGCAGAAGAAGAAGAAAAGGGAGGAACAGACAUUAUGGAUGAUUUAUUUGAGGCAAAAGAUGUUGGAAAGGCCACCGCUCCUUCUUCACAUGGGACACAGGAAGAAGUUGUAGAAAAAUCCAAAGAGGAGGAAACCGUACAGCAAGAGGAAGAACAAGAACAAGAAGAACAUCAAGAAGUAAAACAAACACAAGAAGAAGAAAAAGAUAAACAGCCACCCGCCGCUGAGGAUGACUUUGAUGCUUUUUUGGAGGGACGAUCUGCUUGA